UCUUUCAUUCUUUUUGAUCUCUCUCUCUCUCUCUCUGUAUCUUUAUGGCUGUGCUUUAUAUCGAUUUGUGGCCAGUAGUUUAGUUGCCUGUAGCAUUAAAAAGUGAUUCUUUUAUCAAUAUCUUCAGGGAGGGAGUUCCUCCUUAGAAUGAAUAGCAGGAAUUCACUCAACAAGUGUUGGAAAAUAAUUGGUUUCCGAUGGAUGAUGUUUUCAUGGAAGAAGCAAUUUUAUUAACCUUCCUUGAAUAUACUAAACACUAAAUUGAUGAGAUUGGGCUUUCCAAAGCAGUGAACUUUGAGCAAAUCAAAACACAACACUUGAGAAACAUAUUUCCAGAGGAGAUGGCUGAGAUCAGUGAGAAGAUAUCUGAAGCUUCAGUUUAUGCCACCGAGGAACAGUCCUUCGUGGAUAGUGAUGAUUCAUCAAACAGUGAUAAUAAAAGUGACCACAAUCUAGUUCGCAACAUAUGCAUACUUGCACAUGUUGAUCAUGGCAAGACUACUCUUGCAGACCAUUUAAUUGCUUCUUAUGGUGGAGGUGUGCUACACCCAAAGCAAGCUGGUAAACUCAGAUUCAUGGAUUACUUGGAUGAGGAACAACGGCGUGCUAUCACUAUGAAGAGCUCGUCCAUUGCCCUCCAAUUCAAAAGGUAUUUCAUUAAUUUAAUAGAUUCACCAGGCCACAUGGAUUUCUGUAGUGAGGUAUCUACUGCUGCACGGUUGAGUGAUGGUGCAUUAAUAUUAGUGGAUGCAGUGGAGGGUGUUCAUAUUCAGACCCAUGCUGUAUUACGCCAAGCAUGGAUUGAGAAGUUGACACCAUCUUUAGUUUUGAAUAAGGUCGAUCGGCUCAUAUGUGAGUUAAGAUUGAGUCCCAUGGAAGCUUAUAAUAGGUUAUUGAGGAUUAUCCAUGAGGUUAAUGGCAUAGUUAGUGCUUUUCAUUCUGAAAAGUAUUUAUCAGAUGUGGAUUCCAUGCUUUCAGUGGCUCCAUCUGGUGAUGCAGGUGAAGAGAAUUAUGAGUUCAUAGAUGAGGAUGAGGAGGAUACUUUUCAACCUCAAAAAGGAAAUGUUAUAUUUGCCUGUGCCCUUGACGGAUGGGGAUUUGGGGUAUAUGACUUUGCAGAGUUCUAUGCUUCUAAGCUUGGAGCGAGCUCAGCUGCGCUGCAAAAGGCAUUAUGGGGGCCUCACUAUUUCAAUGCCAAGACUAAGAUGAUUGUGGGCAAGAAAGGAAUAAGCAGUACAGCGAAGGCUAGGCCUAUGUUUGUGCAAUUUAUUCUGGAGCCACUUUGGCAAGUUUAUCAGAGUACUUUGGAAUCAGAUGGUAAUAGAGGAGUCCUUGAGAAGGUUAUCAAAUCUUUCAAUUUAUCUAUUCCUUCGCGUGAACUUCAAAAUAAGGAUUCUAAAGCUGUGCUUCAAGCUGUAUUGAGCCGUUGGCUUCCAUUGUCAGAUACAAUCUUAUCUAUGGUAGUCAAGUGCAUGCCUGACCCUGCUGCUGCUCAGUCUUUCCGGAUAUCAAGAUUGCUGCCUAAAAGAGACAGUUUUGAGAAUGCAGAUAGCUCUGAUGUGCUUAAUGAAGCAGAACUUGUGAGGAAAUCUGUUGAGGCUUGUAAUUCCAGCCUUACUGCACCAUGUGUUGCGUUUGUCUCUAAAAUGUUUGCUGUUCCUGUAAAGAUGCUUCCUCGUGGAGAGAUUCUGAACAACUCUAUAGAUGAGAAUGAUUCAGGAGAGUGCUUCCUUGCAUUUGCCAGGAUCUUUAGUGGGGUUCUCUUUGCUGGACAGAGGGUUUUUGUCCUCUCUGCUUUAUAUGAUCCACUGAAGGAAGAAUCAAAGCAGAAGCAUGUCCAGGAAGCUGUCUUGCAGUCUUUGUAUCUAAUGAUGGGGCAAGGACUGAAGCCUGUUGCCUCCGCGAAGGCAGGGAAUAUUGUUGCCAUACGUGGGCUCGGCCAGCACAUAUUGAAGAGUGCUACACUUUCGUCAACAAUUAAUUCCUGGCCUUUCUCCAGCAUGGUUUUCCAAGUUGCACCCACACUGAAAGUUGCAAUUGAGCCAUCCGAUCCUGCUGAUAUGGGUGCACUAAUGAAAGGACUGCGCCUGUUAAAUCGGGCAGAUCCUUUUGUUGAGGUCACUGUUUCUGCUAGAGGGGAGCAUGUCCUUGCUGCUGCAGGGGAAGUUCAUCUGGAGAGAUGUGUAAAAGAUCUAAAGGAGAGAUUUGCAAAGGUGAGUUUGGAAGUCUCUCCUCCCCUCGUGUCUUAUAAAGAGACAAUUGAGGGCGAGAUGAGUAAUACUAUGGAGAACUUGAAGUUGUUUAGUGGAAGUUCCGACUAUGUGGAGAAAACAACACCAAAUGGUAGGUGUGUUGUCCGUGUACAGGUCAUGAGACUUCCCACACCUCUGACUAAGCUUCUGGAUGAAAGUUCUGAACUGCUGGGAGAUAUAAUAGGAGGUAAAUCUAAACAGGCUUUGAAAAGUCUGGAAACCUUGAGGGGUAGCAUUGUCCAAGAUGAGAAUCCAAUUGAAGCACUCAAGAAAAGAAUGAUGGAUGCUAUAGAUAAUGAUCUUUCCUCCGGAACUAGUGAGAUGGAGAGAGAUCGGGUUGAGAAAUAUAGGACACUAUGGAGAACACUUUUAAAGAGGAUAUGGGCGUUGGGUCCUAGACAGGUUGGUCCUAACAUUCUGUUUACUCCAGGCAGGGAAAAGAGCAUAGAAGGUUCUGUUCUUAUCAAGGGCUUCCCUUAUGUAUCUGAUAGAUUAGGUUUUUGUGAUGUGGGUGACAGCAAUGAUACAACUGGAGAAUCAUCACCUAUAGCAGCAGAUGAAAUGUUGUUUGGAGAAGCAGAAAGUCUAGAGAGCAGUGUUUUGUCUGGAUUUCAGUUAGCUACAUCGGCUGGUCCUUUGUGUGAUGAACCUAUGUGGGGUUUGGCGUUUGUUGUUGAGGCUUUCAUAUCUCCCAUUGACAGACAAUCGAAUGAGGAUAAUAUUUCAAUCCAGCAAGUAGAGCAAUAUGGCAUGUUCACAGGACAAGUUAUGACAGCUGUUAAGGAGGCUUGCAGGACAGCUGUACUGCAGAGGAAACCUAGGCUUGUUGAAGCAUUGUACUUCUGUGAAUUGAAUACUCCCACAGAGCACUUGGGAUCCAUGUAUGCAGUGCUUGCUCGAAGGCGAGCUAGAGUCAUCAAGGAAGAAAUGCAGGAAGGAUCACCAUUGUUCACUGUACAUGCAUACGUUCCAGUUGCAGAAAGCUUUGGAUUUGCAGAUGAGCUGAGAAGAUGGACAUCUGGAGCAUCAAGUGCUCUACUUGUUCUCAGUCACUGGGAACCACUUCUGGAGGAUCCAUUUUUUGUGCCCAAAACAGAGGAGGAAAUUGAAGAAUAUGGAGAUGGUUCCAGUGUGCCACAGAAUACAGCCAGGAAGCUCAUCGAUGCUGUAAGGAGGCGGAAAGGUCUUCCGGUGGAGGAAAAAGUGGUCCAGCAUGCAACCAAGCAGAGGACCUUGGCUCGUAAAGUGUAGAAGUUGCAAUAUGGUAUCAUUAUAGCCUCUGUAACAAUUGUAACCUGUUGUGGCGAACAUUCUCUUUCUGUUUCUGGUAUGGGAAGCUAUAAUGAAAUUGAUAUUACUGAUUUAUUAUGUUGUUGUACUUUCUACCUUUAGUGCGGCAUUCUUGUUGACAAGUUGGUUUUAGUUUUUGUGAUGCUGCAGUUGAUUGAUUACUUAUUCAUACAUGUACUCCAGGGAAUAUUGAUAAUGGACAGCGGUUUCUGAAAUUAA